AUGUUCUGCCCUCAUUAUCGGCCAGGACUAUGGGUCUUUGGACCGGAAAUCACAAAACAGCUGGAGGAGAAGAAAGAGCAGGAAAAGAAAGCUCUAGAACUCGUGAGGCAGUCGGAGAAUGAACCCAUUGAAUCCCUGCAGAAGGCGGAAGCAGCAGCGAGUCGGACGAUUGCUACCGAGGCCGCAUUGAAGCCAGAGAAGUCGGCUUCAUGGUUGCCGAGCUGGAUCAAGCAGGUGAACAAGCCUCUGGGUAAGGAUGCCAUGAAGGAAACGCAGAAGGAAGCGCCCGAGGAACCCGUCAAAGAUACCCUGGAGGCGCCCAAGAACACGCCGUGA